CAGGCAGACAAGUUGAAGAUGGGGCGGCUCGAUGGCCUCCCCACAGAGUUGAUACUGCAGAUAUGUGACAACCUGAGCCCCCAGGACAGCUUCGCUGUGGCCCUCGCGUCACGAAAGCUCGCAACCAUCCUGCUACCAAGAGCCCGCAUAAUUACCCUUUCCUAUGCAGCUGAUAUGAAAAAGCGGGACCUUUUCCUUAAGACGCUUGAAAAGGAAGUUGAUUUCAGCCUUGUUCUGGUCGACCGAACGAUUCUAGAGGAGUGCAUCUUAACCCAGGAUGAUGAAUAUGUGCUUCCGAUGCUGGAACGGGGGGUUGGGCUUGUCUCACCGCCGGGGUCUGUAUGUGCUAGUACCGGCGUGAAUCUGCUACAUCUUGCUGCCUCUGCCGGGUGCGGUGAUACUGUGUUAAAAAGGCUUCUUGUUCACGGUGACGAGAUUGAUCCAUUUGCAAAGGACGAGGACGGUAUCACACCGCUCGUAUGUGCAGUCACCAAGCGGAAGCUGGCCGCUGUGAAGACGCUGGUUGGGAUAUACCAUGAAAGAAGCAGGGAGAUAGACCCCCCUGAUUCCAAAUGCCCCUUGAUUCUACAGGCUAUGCCGCGAGGGUAUGGGGAAAUAGUGUUGUUCCUACUAGAGACCAAAGGGAUUCAGGCCAAUGCCAGAGGUCCGUUCGGGGAGAAUGCUUUGCACUGGCUAGCUAAGACGGACAUGACUCCAGAGGAUGAGGAUGCCUGGGAAGACACAGACGAUGAAGAUGGGGACUUUACCGCUGAGGAGGUUGUAAAUAUAACCCAGCAAGGACAGGGAGAUGAUGAUCCCCAUGUUGCCGGAAGUGAAGAGGCCGAGGAUGUGGACGUCAGAGUAUUGAAGGGCCUUCUCAAAGCUGGUGUUAGCCUUACUGAUACCGCGACGAGGGACCGUCUCACUCCUUUGCAUGCCAUUGCUCUAAAUGGACGGUAUAAUUUGAUUGAACCUAUUGUCACUGGGGGUGCUGAUAUGUCAGUACGAUGUGCGAACGGCGGUACACCUCUUCACUGGGCAGCCAAGGGCGGGUCGGUGUUCUCCAUGGAUGCUCUUAUCGAUCUGGGAGCCGGUGUCAAUGACACCGAUCUAGAGAACAAGACACCGUUAUUCUGGGCCUACGCCUGUGAAAAUGCGGACGAUCCCCCUUCCGAGUUUGAUCCAAGCCCGUACCCUAUACUGUAUCUGCUUGAGCAAGGCGCAAACCUUUCACAUCUAGACUCCUCCAAUCAGUCUGCCCUGCACAUUUUUGCCCAACACGAUAGGCCCAACGGGGCAACUCAGCUGCUGGCUGCUGGUAUUGAUGUGAACAUACAGAGAAAUGAUGGAUCCACAGCGUUGCAUCUGGCAGCAUUGAACGGCUCACACAAAACUGCGGCGCAGUUGUUGAGGGCUCGGCCAAAUCUGGAACUGAAGAAUGCCCAGGGCCAAACUGCCCUUGAUGUCGCUGUGGAGAAGGGCAAGGACAAGGUCGCUAAACUGAUACGUAGUUAUACUCGACGUGGAGUUACGGCUGUUGGAGGUGUUAUCAAUGACCGUAGCAUGGAGGACCUGCACGACCGUCUGACCAGACAGUUGUCGAUCUAUGAAUGGAGAGAAUGAAGCUGCCAAUUCUUCGCUGCAGAGCGGCACUUUUGAAGCAAGCAAAAUACUUUAAAUAGAAGUUAGGCUGACGUUAUGAUGAUGAUACACUCUCUUUUCGGUCGUCGAAUGCGUGCUCUUAAAAUUUGAUAUCAACACCUUCAUUUCACAAAGCCGCUGCCAUCACACGACUCCGUAUCUAGGACGACCAUGAUGAAAUAUCCCGACGCACUGGCCAGAAUAUGCACGGGAGAUCGCCUCACUGCGGUCUCUGCGAGUAACUAGUUGGUCCUUUUCAGGAGCCAUCAAUCCAAGUACAACGCUCCAUCUAUAUGUAAUUAGCAUAUAGGCCCAACUCCGUGCAAAAUCGGAGCGACCAGUCAACCUCACCAGCGUGUCCCGUUAUUUGUUGGAUGAUCGUCGACGCUACAUGGCUGUUUCACCCUCAUCUCCGGCUGAGCGUACGAAUAUGCGUCGACAACGAGCUGUCAAUGGAGUGCCUGUCUGGAUACUGAGCCAGGGAUAUCCAUGGCCUCCACAGCCCCGAGACUCGAGACCGCCGCCAGCAGAGAGGCAACAAACAGGGCCCUUUCCAAGGAACCCACGCAGAUCAGGAACAGAAAGGCAAAAAAAGAAGAAACGAGAAGAAGCAAAGAACAAGAGGCAAAGAAAUCUCGCUUCUUCGUAUCUUCCCAUUCGAAUAUCAAAAUCCCAACCAGAGAUCGAAGUUUAAACCCAUCGAGAGAUCUAUUAUUUUCGGAGCUUUUGAACCUUGUUCAACUAGUUGAAUCCACGUGUAAAAUAGCCAUAAAAAGGAUGCUGUCCAGUCCCCUGUUCCUGGAUGGCAAACUGUGAGGACCCGGUUGCGUAGUUACGUAGCAAAGAAUAAAGGGGGGGAUAGAGCCCAUGUUAAUACUUAGCCUAACGCCUGGGUACGCUCAAGAGUUAGCGCUGGGGCGUCUUUCAGGGACCAGUUGCUCUGCUCUGCUCUGCUCUGCAGUAAACUAGACGAAAAUAGGGGGCUUCCUUCGCCUCGCCUCGUGGGGAUUUUCCCGAGAGAGCGACUUUUACCAUCCAUAUAUUUUGUGGAUGCAACCCUCGCGCACUUUACGAGCCU